AGGGAACUUGAAAGAGAUAGAGUGUGCAGCCACAGGGCUGCGAAGAGCAACGGAGUCGAACAAAAGUGCGAAAAAACUAUGGAAAAGAUGUGCCAUUUGAUCAACUCCUCUAGUACUUGGGGUUUUCACCUCAUGUGUCUUCUAUGUCUCCUAACUGUACGCGGAGUUCAUGGAAGUCAAUGUGCCCUUGGACUAUACACGCCAGGAAGAACGUGGCCACAGGGUGACAUAUCAUUGGAGUAUGGGCAGACCUUGAGGAUAUACUGCAUACUCGAUGACACCCUAAUGGGAUCAAGAUUAAACAGUACAAACUCCACGGACUUAGUAUUUUUGCGAAAUGGAAGAGAAAUGGAAUCUGAAUAUGUCAGCGUCAUCAACGAAACAACAAUUGUAUUGCAUGUCGAAAAACCAGAACCAUCAAACGACAUGUACUAUUGCAAACUCAGAGUGAAUAACGGCUAUGAGCCGCGGUAUGAGGCUGUAUGUUUGAACAAAGUUACUAUUGGGUUCAAGCCUGAGAAACCAUUAAAUUUCACUUGCGUAUCGCAAAACUGGGAGAAUCUUAUUUGUACGUGGGUGCCAGCACCCAAUCAUGUGACAACUAGAUUCUCUCUGGGUUACCAACUACCUGGUAGAGCCGGUGGAAGGUCAACUUUUAACUGUCCGGAAUCAAACAGUGACCAAUUGCUCCCGCCAAACACUUGUAUGUGGGACGCUCUUACGGACCCGUCAUACAGAAUGGUCCAUGAAAACUUCAAAUUUCUAUUGCGUGCUGAAAACUUGUUAGGGACCAACCUUUUUACUUACCAAUUUCAUCAUUGGGCAAAUGUCAUUCCAGCGAAGCCGGUCGGUUUGUCGAUCGUCAGGAAAACUUCUUCCAGCGCUUUGCUUCAUUGGAAUAUACCUUAUCCAAUGGGAGCCUUCCCUCCAGGCCUGUACCAUAAGGUUUCUUAUCAGAGCGAAUGGGAUGAUCCAAAAAAGUGGGAGACGAAGUACAUAAAAACUGGAUCAUGCGAUGAAGAAAAGUAUUUCGAUCUAAGCGAUUUGCCGUACGCGAACGCCGCUUACAACGUCAGAGUUUUCAGCAAAAGUGCGUUGGCAGUCGAUGAAGAUAAAUGGAGCCUAUCGAGCGAUUUGAAAUUUAGAACUGCAGCCACACUGCCAGGACAAUCACCAAAGACGAUUCUUGGAACUUUCGAGACAGUAGUAAAACGCAGCAGUCGAGACGUGUACGUAUAUUGGCAAGCUAUUCCAUCAUAUUUGGAAAAUGGCGACAACUUUACGUACGAAGUUUAUACCGUGGAAGAAGACGGAAAACUUGUGAACCUGAAGCCAGACGAGAUAACAAAAACCUACGCAAUGUUUAAAGAAAUCAGUCUAAACUCCGAUUUCAAAUUUCAAAUCGUCGCGAUGAACUGCAUGGGAGUAAGUGAACGGAAAUCUACGAUAUACGUUCCAAGUGAGAACCAAAGGCCCAAAGAACCGACUGAAAUUACAAAAAUCGCAUUUGACGGAGGUCUCUUCGAACUGUCUUGGGAUUCAACGUUUUCCACGGACAUUCUAAAUUACACAAUCUUUCGGUGCGAGAACAACCGGGACCGACCUUAUCAAUGCUCUGGAUACCUCGACUGGAUCACCGUAACUCCGAACACGAAGACUUACAAUAUCACAGUCCCAGACGAAACGAAACUCUACCAAUUCGCAGUGGCGGCAAACACAGAUCGAGGAAGCAGUGGUAUGGCAUGGGCCCCAUGCACGGUGAUCCAUAACUCAGUUAUAGGAAAGAUGAAUUCUAUAUGGGUAAACAAUGUCGAUUCAAGCCUGAUCGAGAUCGGUUGGAAGCUGAAGUGUUCCGAUAGAACAGACAGCGUGAAUGGUUUCAUCCUUUACUAUUGCCCCAUAGAAAAGCCCAAGUACCACAACAAUUGCAAAGGUUCGAAGCUGAGAAAAAUAGUGCCUGGUGACCGUAACACAAUCCGCGGUGUCGUGGACGGCUUGAAACCCUACACAACCUACAUGCUGUCCAUAGCCGUGUUGACCAAAAAUGGAGAGGGACCCCAUAGUGACUCGAUCUUCGCUACAACCCUAGAGGCAGCCCCAAGCUCACCUCAAAAUGUUAUUGCAACUGUCACAGGCACGAGCAUGACCGUAGAGUGGAAACCACCCUCUGAUUUGAAUGGUGUUCUACGAUACUACACGGUGCACUACAGUCGGGAACCGAAAGGCUACAACCAACAGAUUAAAAUUAACAAUAGGACAGUGGUUCGAGAUCUCGAACCCAACGUGGUGUACAACGUCAGCGUGUCUGCAUGUACAGUUCUGUGCGGCAAACGGUCCUCCGAUAUAUUAGUCAGGACUGAGACUGCGAUUAGGAAUGGUUCUGAUACUGCCAGGCCAAAGUCAGAUGUUGCAGAUAAGGAUGAGAAACAUCAGAAGCAGUCUCGUUAUUUGAGACUUAAUACGAUAAGCGCAUACGUAGACGAUAAAAAAUGCCUCUCGAUACAGAGGCAAGUGAAAAAAGCUCAGCAACUAGCUAACCUCGCUCAAGAAAAGGCAGCAAAGGCCAUGGAUAGCUAUUUCGAAUCGUGCGGGAAACCCGUUGGCUCAGAUUUUGACCAUUAAAUAAUUCACUUUCAAUACAUCAAUCCAUCACAUCUGAAAAUUGUAAAUACUACCAAACCUGUGUGAUAAAGGAUUUCAAAACUACUUUUUUGUAAAUAGUUAUUCAUUCUUCGUCGCACGAAUUCUUACAUAGAAGUACUUAAGUGUUUCCUCGCGCGAAGCUUCUACUUUGACUUCUGCUGAAAACAUUACUGGUGUGAAAUCAAUCUCCGCAUAAUGAGCUGUGAUCACGUCAACACAAUGAAGGAAGGAGAGGCGGGAGGGAAUUAGUGGAAAACAGAUACUCAGGGAAUCAGGAGGAUUGAGAGAAUUCUAUUUGCAGUCGUAACCACGCCACAUUUGCGAAAGAUACUA